UGCAUCAAUUUUUUGAAAUCAAUUGGCACCGUCGGUAGCGAUUCGACCCUGUACUACAUAGAGCAGGCCGAUUUCAAUUUGUUGCGUCGCUAAAUAAGUCGAUCGGACAGAUCGAGGUUAAACGAAAACUGCGCGGUACCCGUGAAUUCUCGAUAAGUACGUCCAGAUUCCAUCGAUUCGGUCGCCAAUGUUAGAAAUUAAUCGUUCUUAUUAACACGUUGACUGACACGAUGACCACUGGUGAGCUACGUUUUACUAAAUUUUUUCCAGAAUCAUUAAAAUGAGACGAAUUUCAUGGACUAGAAAAAAUGACCAGUUACACACGCAAGGAGGCUUCAAUCAUCAUUUCGUCGAAUUUCGGAGCUUUAUUCGAGCCGUAGGACGAUCGUGGUUCAAAAGUUAUGGCAAGAAGACAAUGAUACUUGCUAGAAUGCAUUUACUCCGAUAUAAGUGGUCAAAAAUGAAAUUGCAUAUGCGUUUGAUUGCGAACUUAAUUGUGGUAAGGUAUUGUUAGAUAAGGUUAGGUUAGGUUACAUUCCAUGGAUGGCUAGCUACGUUAGAUCCCUCAAAAGAUCUAACCUAACGAACCAAGUGCAUGUUACUCAGGCCCUUCCCCUCUACAAUAUAUCUCAAGGACAGGGCCAUUGGAGUUGAGGCCCCCUUUUGUUCAUUAUUAAAGAAAAAUAUUUAACGAUACGAAUGAUGUAGAUAAAGGAAAUCAUCGUCGGAAAGAAGAGCGCAAACGCAAUGUACUAUUUUGCAAGAAUUAAAUGUUACGAUUAGAUUGUGGAUACCUAUGAAGAGAACUAAAGAAAUUGAAACCUAUUCGGUAAUUUCUUUCGUUCACUGAGAGUUACGACGAGUAAUCCACUUUGGAUGAUUUAUUUUCGAAUGUUAUACACACUCUCCGAAUACUCGUACAUUUAAAUUUAUCGUAAAUACAGAAAAACCUGCAGUCUAGUUAUGAUAUAAUGUAUCUCGAUCUAUCGCGGCUUUCAGGGCAAAAUAUACAUACAGCGGCUACAAAAAGUAUUGGCACAUAUCUUUAUCUUUCAAUGAAGCGUUUUUUUUUUUGUAGCAGAUUCUACAUUUCAUUUGCUUGAUAUCAAAGUUUUGUAGUCAUACGAUGUAUGCCACAAAAUGAUACGAGAUUGAAUAUACUCGAAUAGUAAUUAAUCAGUAUGUAAAUCUUAUAAUACAAUGGCCGAAUGAAUGAAUACAAUGACCUGCCAAUACUUUUCGUAACCACCGUAUUUGCAUGGCAAUCAACGUGUUAACCACGCGUUUAAAAUCUAAACGACGCGCGGUACUCGGUUUCGGUACUCGAAUUCGGAAGUUUUUUGGCGCGUUUGAGAAUUGAUGGCGACCUUCACCCAGAACUUCACAGUUGCUUCCGGCUGCUAUUUAUAUUCGCGUUGGCUGGCACAGUGCGCGGGAGGUUUGUGUCGCGAUCUUCGUUGCGGUAAGCAGCGCAUGUCAGCGUUCAGCGUAUAAUGCUCGCUCGACCUUUGAUUCGUUUCGAUAAGUUCGAAUUCGAUUCGAUUCGAAAGUUCCAAGUUCGAUUCGGAUGAACGCGCGUGUCAUCGUGUGUAGCGGAUAAGUCGCGACUUUAGCGAACUGUAUUCUUUGAACGAGCGUUAAUCCGAAGAUGCUCUUGAGAUACUCGGACGGCUUGAGCAGAGUGUUGGAGUCCGCGUUGGCGAACUUGGGCGGUAUGAACGGUAGCACCAUAUGUUUAUUGACCAGAUGGGACGUUUGGUUCGUCUUAAUUUCCUCGGUGUCCGCCGGUGGACUGGCAGGAGGCACUUCCGGCUGCUGAUGCUCGCCGCAGGAUACGUCGGACUUGUUGAUCGCUGUUCCGAAACAGAAACGAGGUGGGGGAAACGAAUCGUAGUACGCGUCGGACAAGUGAAAUCUAGAAGAUCGAGCGAGACGAAUCGAGGAUCGAAGAAACGAAGUUAUCGACAGCUCGAGAGAGCUAUAUCUUCUAGCUUACCUGCAGACGCAAGGUUUGCUCCGUUCUCGGUUCUUCCAUUCCGGUUCGUUUCACCGGAGACGUCUCUUUUCUCGUCCCUGGUUAUAGGUUCCGCGUUUUGCUUGGCGUUCACCACGAGCACCACGACGUCUUCCUUCUCCGGUAGUGGGGGCGGUGGUGGUGGAGGCGGUGGCUUGGCGAAGCUGAGAAAGACGCGCGAUGCAGGGAAAGGAGAAGAAGAAGAAGAAGAAGAAGAAGAAGAAGGAAAAGAAGAAGAAGAAGAAGAAGAAGAAGAAGAAAACGAAGAAGAAUAUCUGACAGGAUUCGGCAACGAAUUCUCCAGCGAGGACGAACGUUGCCCCUGUGCCCUACCGAUCGGUCAGAACAAUCCUCAACGAUGUCCGUACGGUCUGUACGCGGAACAGCUGUCCGGCACGUCGUUUACCGCUCCUCGCUCUCGAAACAGACGCUCGUGGUUGUAUCGAAUCAAGCCGUCGGUCGUCCAUAAACCCUUCACACCGGUUGACAGCGCUCCUCGUCUCGACUACGGAUGGGACGCUGUAAAUCCAACGCCGAAUCAGCUACGAUGGAAACCUUUCGACGUGCCGACCAGACAAGCCGCGGAGGUAGAUUUCGUGGAGGGUUUGCACACGCUAUGCGGCGCGGGAGACGCUCGCGUUCGCCAAGGUAUCGCGAUCCACGUGUAUCUCUGCAACGCCUCCAUGAAGAACAAGGCCUUCUACAAUUCCGACGGAGAUCUUCUCAUUGUGCCGCAGCUAGGCGCGUUACUGAUAACCACGGAGUUUGGCAAAAUGCGUUGUGAGCCGAACGAGAUAUGCGUGAUCCAGCAAGGUAUGCGGUUCCACGUUGCUGUGUUUGGUCCAUCUAGAGGAUACAUCUUGGAGGUGUACGACGAUCACUUUCAAUUGCCCGAAUUGGGGCCGAUAGGAGCGAAUGGCCUGGCGAACCCACGGGAUUUUCAAACGCCUGUAGCGUGGUACGAGGAUCGUGAAAUCGAUUACGAGAUCGUGUGCAAGUAUCACGGUAAGCUGUUUGUAGCCGAGCAAGACCACAGUCCGUUCGACGUGGUAGCUUGGCAUGGAAAUUACGUUCCGUUCAAAUACGACCUCGACAAAUUCAUGGUCGUUAAUACGGUUUCCUUUGAUCAUUGUGAUCCUUCGAUCUUCACGGUCCUGACGUGUCCCUCCGGGAAGAUCGGUACAGCAGCAGCCGAUUUUGUAAUAUUCCCACCUCGAUGGUCCGUGCAGGAGCACACUUUUCGGCCUCCUUAUUAUCAUCGAAAUUGUAUGAGCGAAUUCAUGGGCCUGAUAAAGGGACGAUACGAAGCUAAGGAGGAAAGUUUCCAUCCAGGCGGGGCGUCGUUGCAUUCCAUUAUGACGCCACAUGGACCGGAUUCGUCUUGUUUCGAAACUGCUUCAAACAGCAAGUUGAAACCUGAACGCGUCGCCGAUGGAACACAAGCUUUCAUGUUUGAAACGUCGUAUAGUUUGGCGAUAACCGAAUGGGCUGCAAAUCUUUCCAACAAACUGGACAACGAUUAUUACAAAUGCUGGCAAUCUCUUAAGAAACAUUUCGUUUCGAAUGCUUCUUAAUACAUUUUUACAUUUUGCAUUUUUAUAUUUUGUAGAAAAGAUAGAAGUGAUAAGGGUACACGAUUAAAGAAUUAUAGGAGUA